AUGAGCACCGCGUCAUCCGGCCCUGCGCUGACACCGAACGCGCUUCGACCAGACGGAGGCGGUAGAGCGGGUAGACAUAUUCAAGUGCGAACAAACUUUUUCGCCAUCAAGAAACUCAAGGCAGAUGUCAUCUGGCAGUAUGAUGUCUCUAUCAGUCCGGAUGUUCCAGCGGAAAAGGCUAAACAGGUCUGGAAGGUAAUCGAAACCACUAUUCCGGAGCUGGGAGGCAACAAGAUGGUCUUUGAUGGCAAAGCUCAAGCCUACUCGGCCAUGGACCUUGGUAUCGAUAAGGUCAGACACAAAGUCGAGCUAUUUGAUAGUGGACGCCCUGCAGCCGCAGCCCCUCCUGCUGCAGCCGCGGCCAAGAAAAAGAACGAGUUCACGGUCUCUAUCGCCUUCGUGACAAAAAUUGAUGUCUCUGAGCUACAUGCGUUCUUGAACAAGACUGGUCCUAUCACCCCUAACUGCAUGGUCGCCAUUCAAGCUUUGAACAUUGCUAUGUCGCAUAAGCUUUUCUCGGAAAUGGUUAGUGCUGGUCGCUCGGCCUAUCGUCCUCAAGGUGCUCAGAACCUAGGCGGAGGUGUCGAAAAAUGGGAUGGCGUCUUCCAGUCCGUCCGCCCAGGACAGGGCAAACUGUAUGCUAAUAUUGACAUCGCAUCAACAGCGUUUAUGAAGGGUGGUAGAAUGGAUGAUCUGAUGGUAGACAUCCUACGUGCUCGCGAUCAAAAUGACUUGAAAAGACUCCAAAGACAUGACAUUAUAGCCCUCCAGCGUCAUUUCAAGGGGGCAUCCUUCACUGUUACCCAUCGUGGUGCGGACUUCAAGAAGAGAUAUAAAAUCUCUGAGAUUAGCGCUUCACCUGCUGACAAAAUCACAUUCGACCAGGAAACUAAUGAUGGCAAGAAAAAGAAGGUCUCAAUUCCUGAGUACUAUCAAACUGCAUACAACCUGAGACUUAAGUACCCCUUUUUGCCAUGCAUCGGCGUCAAAGCCCGUGAAGGCCAGACUAUGUACUUCCCUGUCGAAGUCUGCAACAUUGUUCCAGGCAAACGCUACACUAAGAAGCUCAAUGAGGAACAAACUACAGCGAUGAUCAAGAGUACCUGCCUCCGCCCGCAAGCGAGAAUGGAAAAGAUCUAUGACAGCCUGCGCGUUCUGGACUUUGACCGAAACGAAUAUCUCCAGAGAUUUGGAAUGGAAAUCUCAAGGGAAAUGGCAGUUGUUCCUGCGCGUAUUCUGGCUCCUCCACGCAUUGUCUAUCGUGACAGGGUUGAGGUUACCCCUCAAUUCGGUGGCUGGCAAAUGAAUCCACAAAGAAAAAUGGUGCAAGGCUCCGAAUUGAGAUCAUGGGGAUCUAAUAAUUUAUUUUUUAGUCGUCUCCGCGAAGAUGCAGUGAGGAGAUUCGUCCGUGAAUUGGUUACAACUCUCAAUGAAAAUGGUAUGAAUGUCUCUCAACCAAAUCCGCCCAUCCGCCAUGCCCAAAUGGGCUCGGUUAACAAAACUGUGGAUUCUUUUCUUGAUGAGGUGAAGCAGAAAUGUGGCUCACCUGUAAAUCUGCUUCUGGUGGUAAUGCCUAACAAGUGUCAGACGUAUUCCGCCCUCAAAACGUACUGCGAAACGACGCACAGCAAUGGUGUGAUGACUCAGUGUGCCCUGUCUAAAAACGUAUCGCGGGUUAAUAAGCAGUACUGUGGUAACCUUGGGCUGAAGAUUAACGCAAAGUUGGGAGGCGUUAAUAGUUGUCUGCCGUCCAACUCUGUUCCGUUCUUGACUCAAGUGCCAACUAUGAUUCUUGGAGCAGACGUGACUCAUCCGGCUCCCGGUGAGAACAAACCUUCCGUUGUUGCCGUUGUUGGAUCGAUGGAUCACAAUGCAUUCAGAUAUGCAGGUCGACUCAAAGUCCAAGAGAGUCGCGUUGAAGUGAUUGAAGGCUUAAAAUUCUUGGUGUAUCACUUAUUGGUAGCGUUCAAGGAUCGUAACAGAGUGUAUCCACAGCGGAUCUUGUUUUACAGAGACGGAGUGUCAGAAGGCCAGUACGAACAAGUCAUGCGGACCGAAGUCCAGGCCGUCCGGGAGGCUUGUGAUCACAUUAAUCAAACGCAAAAGCCUCCCACUCCAUAUAACCCAAAAGUCACCUUCUGUGUGGUGAAAAAACGGCAUCAUGCUCGUCUCUUCCCAAUGAACCCGAAUGAUGCUGAUAAAUCCGGCAACUGUAUUGCAGGCACUGUUGUAGAUUCCGUUAUUACUCAUCCAACGGAAUUUGACUUCUAUCUGCAGAGUCACGGCGGUCUCCAGGGAACGUCACGUCCUACUCUAUACCACGUUCUCUUAGAUGAGAACAAGUUCACUUCUGACAGCCUGCAAGAGUUGACUUUUAAACUGUGCCACGUGUACGCACGCUGUACUAAGUCCGUGAGCAUUGUACCCUCGGUGUAUUACGCACACUUGCUCGCAUUCCGUGCUCGGCACUACCAAGGCGGCGAUUUUUCGGACGCUGCAAGCACUUCAAGCGGUAGCAGUGCUCAAGGACCGACCUUCGAAACCUCGGUAUUACACUGA